ACGCUCUAUGGAUAAUCGAGUCUACGUACAUAUUUGUCGUUUUAGCGUGAAAAGCGGUGUGGUAGUUGCUGUCAACUCUUAACGGCGGUGGGCGCAGGCGGAUUCUAAAUAGCCCACGAAGAAUUUCAGAAUCCUAAUUUACCAAACUAUCACCACGACAGGGUAAAGUAGUAAGUAACAUACCUUAAGUCAACAUAGAAAAAUGGCCAAUAUAUUUACUAAUGCUGUUAAGAUGUAUGAUGAGCUGAUGACCAAAGCAGACUCUAGAGUUGACGGCUGGGUAUUAAUGUCAUCACCAUGGCCAAGCAUUUUAAUUUGUGUUGCCUACUUUAUUUUUGUACGAUUGGGUCCAACUUUUAUGGCAAAUAGAAAACCUAUGGAUCUAAAGAAUCUGUUACUUGUUUACAAUUUUUCUAUGGUUAUAUUAUCAGGGUAUAUCUUUGUUGAGUUUUUAUUAUCUGGUUGGGGUACUGGUUAUAGUUAUGGAUGUCAACCGGUGGAUUAUUCAAAUACACCAAAAGCCAUGAGGAUGGUAAGAGUUUGUUGGCUCUUUUACUUUUCAAAAUUUAUUGAAUUAUUAGAUACAGUUUUCUUUUUAUUAAGAAAGAAGUUUAACCAGGUGUCGUUUCUACAUGUAUUUCAUCAUGGUGUUAUGCCGUUCUCCUGGUGGUUUGGGGUUAAAUUUGCUGCAGGUGGAUUUGGAACUUUUCAUGCCUUGUUAAACAGCUUUAUCCAUUUCUUGAUGUAUACCUAUUAUGGUGUAGCAGCACUAGGACCAGAAUUCCAGAAAUAUCUAUGGUGGAAAAAAUACAUGACAAAGCUACAGAUUACCCAGUUUAUAUGUGUAGCACUUCAUGCAUCACAACUUCUGUUUAUUGAUUGUAACUAUUCUAUGAUAUUUGUGUAUUGGAUUGGAGCAUAUGCAGUUAUAUUUCUUGUCCUGUUUGCUGACUUCUACAUUAAAGCUUACAAGAAACCUCAGCAUUUAAAGGACCAUAAUGCCAAUGGUGUUGUCAAGAACGGUGUUAAAUCAAAAAGUAGUUGAAAACAAUAGAAUUAUAGAUCAUCACAAAAUAUACUAAUGCAUAUUAUUGAUACUUUGAAAAUUAUUUAAUAUCAUAUAUUAAUAUUAUUUGUUUUUUUACAAAUCUGUAAUUGAUAUCAGAUUGUUUUAUUUUUUAAGUAACUUCUUAAAAUAACCCCGGUUCUUUACAUAUUUUUUGUAACUAAUCGUUUUGACAUUCUGAGAAUCUCUUAUAGAAGAUGAUUUAAUGUUACCGGUAGUGACAAGCUCAAUUAACUCCCUUUAAUUUAAUCCACAUAUUGCUCCAUCUUGUAACAUUAUUAUUCAGUGGUGAUUAUUAAUGAAGAUUAAACAUGGGUCAAUUUGGUUAAGUAAUUAGUGACUAACAAAGUAAUUAGCGACCUUAAGUUACCUUUUUAAGUAAUGUUUUAAAAUAAAUAAAAAAGAAUUAAGAUAUAUACUUUUAACAUUAAUGUUAAAACCAUAUAGACUAAUAAGGUUGCCCACAAAUUUUUAUUUUUUGCCCUUUUUGAAUAUGUAAUAUUUCUUAAUUUCUAAUAUUGCAGGUUUUCUGUUCAAUUUAGAUAUAAAUGUUUACAAAUAAUCAGCUGGUCUUCUCCGAUGUUUCCUCAAUAUUUAUGAUUUAUAUAUUUUGUUAAAUUGUAAUUGUUUGCGUAAAAAUAUGUCUUCCAUAAUUCAUAGUAUGUAACUAGUUGUUUUAUACAUAUCCAUAGUGGUUGGUAUUGGUACAAUAUUGUACAUUAAUCAGAUAUAAAUUAUGGGUGAUGGUUUUCCAUUUAGAAUUAAUAGUGAACUCUGUUCUUCAAUAAUGAUAUGGUGUAUUUACAUGUCUUAGUUGAUAGUUCCAACCACAAAUGCAUGCUCAAGAACAAACACUAUAUACCCUUUACAGUGUUAAAGCAAUCAACAUAUUUUGGACUUUUUAAUAUUAUUCACCAUAUCUUGAUGUCCGAUUGAGCAUAUCCCUGGUAGGACGUUUGGAAAAUCGUGUAGGACAUGUACGGAAUAUGUAGUAUCCCUGCUUUACACUAUUUACACACUUGUAACCUGAUCACUUUUAUUCUAAUCUAAAUAAAUGAGUUUUCAAAUUUCUUUCAAUAGACUUCAUACAGCAUGAAAAAGUUUUAUCACUAUGUGGUAAGGCUUUCAAUAAAAGCUGCGUUUUGGCACAUUUUGACCAACACUAAUUGUGAGAGUGAAGGUUUCACGAUUGUGUCCAGAUGUAUGAAAACUCAGAUAGGUGGAGCGGACUGGAUCCAUGUAAACUGCAUUAAUUACAUGACACAAGAUUUUAGUUUUACAAAUAGAUUCAUAAACGUAACAUAAAUAUGUUUAUCUCCAGUAAAGAUACAUAAACAGUGACGUAGUACUGAUAACGGGUAUGUACCAAUAACAUAGCUCAACAUUAAAAAUAUUAACAUAAAGACAUAAUGGAGCAUUUAUGUUAUGAGUCAUUUAAUUUACCUCAAACAUUCCAUUUAUUUAUCAAAUUUGCCCUUUCAUCAGAACAUCCACCCCCAGUUUCUUGUACCAUUAUCCUUUUUUCAAGUCAAUCUGUUUAUUACAGGAAUAUAAUUGAUUUUUGAAUACUAUACAAUAUUCCCGAACAGCAUGUUAAAUUAGAAACUCGGUAAAAUAUCACUUUAAUUACAUGUUGAUCGUGUUAUGAUCUAAAUUUUGAUUUUUGCAUGCCAUGGAUGGUAUGUGUAUGUAUUUGGCCUUAAAUUUGCUUUAUACUAAUGUAUUUCUUAUGAAAUUCUGGUUAUGGUGUUUUAGGUACCAAUUCUGGGAAGACCACCACCCCUAAUAAAUAUCAUUUUAGCAUAUUAUUUAAGUAUUACAUAUCCAUUUUCAAAUUAUGCUUAUUAGAAUUCUUUGUAUUUUUAUACUUUUUCUGUUUCAUGAUAUUCCCUCCAAUUUAUAUGAUGAUUAUAAUUAAGCCGAACAUUGGGAAAGCGCUGUAACAUAAAGCAUGCUUUGAUUUAUUAAAUAAAAAUUUAUUAAAGUAUUAAUAUUGUGCAUAAUAAUUAUUUCGAAAUCUAAAUGUACCAGACUUAAUAUUUUUGAAUUUGUAAAGUCUUGCGUUGGUAUUUAUUUAUUAUGUGAAUGAUUAGUCUUUUAUUUCUUUGAGACUUGAUGAACCAAAGAAUUUCUGUUUGACUCUAUUUUGUAUUGAACAGGAAUUCUGAGGUGUGAUUGUAUUGAACCCAUGUCAAUUAAAUAUUCAUGAAAUUACUAUAAUCAUCAUUCAUAUAAAUAUUCUACAGAUCACUAAGUCUUGUUGGGCAUUGAGGUAUAAUUUAAUAUUAUGGAAAUCUUUUUCAGUGUAUAAUGUGUAGGUUAAUUAGUGUUGGUUUUAUGAUUACUAUUUUCAGCCCUUCAAUUUAUCUGAAUUGUAGAUAAUCUUGUCUCGUUUUGAUGCCAGAAUGAACAAAAAUUUUACUUGUGAAAUCUUCAAACAUUAGCUUGCUUUAGCUUACUGCUUGAAGCAGAUCUUCAAUAAAAUAAUCUGUGCACCAGUAAAUAAAAAAAAAAGCUUGUGUGAGGUGACUUUAUGUUGGUUAAAUAUAUUUUAUAAAUUAUUGUAGUUUUCACUCUAUCUACCACUAGGUUGUUUUUGCUUUUGCCUGCUUUCGCAAAUAAAAUAUUUUCAUAUUUAUUGA